GGCGGUGGUGGUGGUGGGCGCCGUGGGUGGGCAAGGACGGGCGGCGGAGGAGAGCCGCAGCUGCGGAAGGCACGGGCGGGCGUAGACCAUCAUCAGCAUCACCAACACCACCGCCACCAUCUUCGCCACCAUCGGCAUGGUCGUGACGAUCAUCGUGGGAAUGGCGAGGGAUAUGAGACUGGAGGAGGGCUGGAUGGGAUGGGCUCGGUGGCGUGGCCAGUCCAACCGGUGGAGCAGAUGCCGACCAAGUCCAAGGCGUAUUACAAGGGCAUGGUGGAGGACAUGGUCGAGCUCAACUUUAAGAUCCUGGUGGCCGAGUCGGAGGAGUUGCUGAGCUCGGGACCACGGGCGGCGUCGGUGCUCUCGCACUCGCGGCUGUUUGAAGAGUACGCCAACGCGUGCUGCAUCGACGAUCCACAGGCGGUGGAGGACUUGUUGACUCGCGGCCGCAUCCUUCCAGCGCUGACACCGGAGCAGGCCCGGGCUGCUGGUGUGUCUCCGCUCGAUGCGAUGCAUGUGGCGGCGACGUACGAGGCGCCCAACGUCGUCCGCCUGCUUAUCAAUUCGGUGUUGAGUAGCCCGAUAGUGGAUGGCAGAGCGAGUAGCUCCGACUCGGGCACUGACUCGGACUCUGGCCCUGUGCCGGGAUCAAGCAGAAGCAGUGACGGUGAGAGCGGAUUUGACAAGUCUGACGAUGGCAAUCGGGGGCGGCGGUCUGGCUCGCAGUCAAAGUCGCAGUCGCAGAGCUCGUCGCCCGGCUCGUUGCGGGGACAACUCAGAGGCGGUGACCGGUCAACGUCGGCAUUGGGUGUGCCGCUGACAGGUGCACCGAGUUCAAGUGAGGACGCGUUUCGGUCGCGAUCUGUGGCGCUGAUGCGGGCGCGAUCACAGGCAAGGUCGCGGGCGUCGAUCCAUGGGCGGAGCCGCAGCGGGCGGAUCGUGCGCGGGCGUGGGUGGCGCGGCGACAAGAGCGGUGGCGAGAGCUGGCGCGAGACCCGUGACCGCAACCAGCUGGUCAUGGCGUUUCUGGACCGCAAGGACGCGUCGGGUAUGACGGCGCUGAUGAUUGCGGCGCGGCGCGGACACAUCGAAGUCGUCCACACAUUGCUGCAAGCCGGCGCGUCGGUCAACACGACCGGGCCAGACGGUCGGUCUGCACUACACAUGGCAGUCGAGUCGGGUCACCCAGCGGUGAUCGAACUGCUCAUCCGCGCAGGCGCACCGAUCUCGCCGACCGAGCAGCACGAGUGGUCGACGCCACUACACCUGGCGGCAGCCGCGGGCGCGGCAGACACUGUCUACCUGCUGUGCCGCGCCGGCGCGGAUCUGGCGGCCCGCGAUGUGUAUGGGCGAAUUCCGAUCUCGCUCGCACCGGAUGCCCCUACUCGCGAUGCCUUUGAGCGCGCACUCCAGCCGGCGGUGACGACCUUUGCGGUAGUGGUCGAGUGAUGACGCGCCGGCGGGACGCCACUUGUCGCCAGCCCUUGACGGCUUCCCAUCGUAGUUGAAGCCGAGUACUCGGGCCAUCAAACAGCAGGCGGUGGUGGAUAGCUAGCCAUGCGAGCGUCUGGAUGGGCGCUGGUGGGCAUGGGCGUGGUCACGGCAGGGAUCGUCCUCCAAGUCCACCGCAUGCAGCAGCAGGAGCG